GCCCCGCCCCCUCUGGGUCGGAACUACGGUGGGCCAGGGAGGGGGCGUCUAGCCUGUUAGUACCGUAUCCCUCCGCCCCCCUUCCCGACACCCUUGCUGCGAGCGGUUCGUGCUGCGUCCUGCGCUGCCCCUACCCUGAUUGGCGCAGCAGCGGGGAGGCGGGGGCAGGACGCCUCUUUGCGAUUCUGGCUACGCGCGAGUGAGGAGCUCCGAGAGGAGGCGGGGGGUGGGGGGAGGGUCAACGACCUGCACCUUGAGCCUGUGAAGCUAAGGAACUAUUAACUGGUGAGAAAUAUAGAAGUUCCUGAGGACCCCUGCUGUGUGGGCUGGUUGGCUUAGGUGGUAAUGAGGUCUGCCUGUGAAUUGGCUGUAGGGCUUUUUGAUCCUAGAAGCAAGGAAGGAGGAGAAAAUCGCACCAGAUCAGUACAGGUCCAUCUCCAGUGGUGGCUGUAGUGGCCUUGGAGUGGCAGAUCAUCACCUUCAACAGGUCUGCCCUCAGGAACUAUCAUUUUCCCUCAGGGUGAUUGCCUCUGUCUUCUUGCUGUAUUGUUGACAGGCUCUGUGUUUGGAAAGAGGACUGUAUGACUUCUGAGCUCAUGACUUACUCUUGCUACAAAGUUUAUGUCUGACCCAGUGGAAGAGUGUUAAGACUUUGACCUGGGACACAUUCAGAACCAAGGCCAAGACUGUAUAGCACUACUGUCUAUGUAACUGGUCUUUAACCAUGACUGGGGCUAAGAAUGAGAAUAGAAACAAAGGCAAAGCUCAAAAACGGGAUGGUGUGCAAACCAAAGCAAAGAGGGAGACUACUGUCAUAGUCAGACCUGUAGCUAAGACCCAGGAGAAAGCAAUAGCCAAGGCAGGAUCUCAAGCUGAUACAACAGCAACGAUGAAAGCAAGGUCUAAGAACAGGAGUGUUCAUGAGAUAAAGGAAAGAGCCCUGGCAGAUUUUAGUCCCAAAGCUGAAGAUGAGGCCUCUAGAGUAUCUUGGAUUUGUUCUGUGGCUGAGGGUAAUACUAAAUCUGGGUCCACAUGUAAAGAUAAGGCUGGUAUUGAUACCUGGUUUUGGUCUGGGGAAGAGGCCAAUGUUGGUUCCUGGUUUUGGAGUGGAGAAGAGGCCAAUAAUCAUUCCAGUGCUAAGGAUGACAGUAAAGCUGGUAUUGAUCCUCUGUCCUGUGCUGAAAAGUUGGAACCUGUCGCUGGGGCCAGUUGCAAAGCUAGGCCAGGGGCUGAGGAGGAAGAGGAAGAAAAUGUUAUUGGGAACUGGUUUUGGGAUGGAGAUGAAACUAGCUUUGACCCUAAUCCUAGACCUGUGAGCAGGAUAGUUAGGCCCCAGCCUGUGGAUGAAAUUAAUGAGAAAAAUAGGCCCAAGGACUGGUCUGAGGUAACUAUCUGGCCCAAAGCCCCUGCUGUAACUCCAGCAGUGUUAGGAUUUAGAUCCCAAGUCCCAUUUGAGACAAAGCCUCCUUCAUAUAUUGUCCUGGCCUCAGCUGAGGAAAAUACCCAUUCUUUACCUAUGGCAACAACAUGCUCUUCUAGGAGCACGACUUCAUGCUCACAGCCUGUCCCUGAGUAUCCGUUUGGUUCUGACCCUUGCAUCCAGACCAUAGAGGAGAUUAGACGCCAAAUUAGGAUCAGGGAAGCGAAUGGGAUUAAGCCAUUUGCUUGCCCUUGCAAAAUGGAAUGCUAUAUGGAUUCUGGGGAAUUUGAAAAACUCAUUUCCUUACUUAAGUCAACUACUGAUCCUCUCAUUCAUAAAAUAGCUCAAAUUGCAAUGGGGAUCAUUAAUGUUCAUCCCUUUGCCCAGGAGUUUAUUAAUGAGGUGGGUGUAGUGACUCUUAUUGAAAGUUUGCUCAGUUUUCCUUCCUCUGAAAUAAGAAAAAAGGCUGUAAUUACUCUGAAUCCUCCUUCUGGAGGUGAGAGACAACACAAGGUUGAAUUACACGUUAAGCAUAUGUGUAAAGAAACCAUGUCUUUUCCCUUGAAUUCACCCGGACAGCAAUCUGGAUUAAAGAUACUAGGGCAACUGACUACUGAUUCUGACCAUCACCACAUUGUUGCCAAUUACUUUUCAGAACUUUUCCAUUUGCUAUCCCUGGGAAAUCGUAAAACCAGAAAUCUUGUUUUAAAAGUACUUUUGAAUAUGUCUGAAAACCCAACUGCAGCCAGAGAUAUGAUCAAUACAAAAACAUUAGCAGCAUUAAAACUCAUCUUUAACCAGAAGGAGGCAAAAGCCAAUCUUGUUAGUGCUGUGGCCAUAUUUAUUAACAUAAAGGAGCAUAUCAGAAAGGGCUCGAUUGUAGUUGUCGAUCACAUGAGCUAUAAUACACUGAUGGCCAUUUUCCGUGAAGUUAAAGUAAUUAUUGAAACAAUGUAAAAUGAGCCAGAAAUAAAAGUGAACAUUUUGAACAAUCUCAGACUCUAAAAGGCUGUCCCUAUAGACCCUUGCAUAAUGUUUUUAUUAUUACAGUACAUACAUUAUAAAUUACAUCUUUAACAUGAAAUUACCUGUGACAGUCUCUAGUUUUGAGCUAGACUAUUUUUGAGAUAUCAAAUGAAUAUUAUAUUGUAAGCUAAAAAUAUCUGUUGAUUUUUAUCUUGUGUAGAUGGGGAACUUUUUAACAUUUUACUUAGGAUAGUGAACCAGUUCAUUAUCAUAAGUAUGCUAACUUGUUCAUUUCUAUUUGCUUAGAUCUGUUUGCGGCUUCAAAUGGCAAUAAAGAAAACAUCACUGAAUUAGUAAUCUAGUUUGCAGAAAUAAGGCAUAUACAUACAAAAAAAUUACUAACAGCACUUACAUAUAUCCGUACACAUACACAUUUAUUGCUGAAUGUGCACUCUACAUGUAAAUAAGGCAGGAGUUGAUGUAGGCUAUUUACCAUAAGAGGAAUUACUGUUUUUCCCUUAUUCUACCUGUAUCAGAUAACUUAUGGUAGGCAUUUAACAACCGCUGAUGUAAGCUGAAGAAAAUGUCUCAGUAUGUGAUAAUAUUAGAUUAUAUGCUUUCAGAUUUUUAAAUAGUUAAACAAGAUCAUACUGUAAAAGCUGUCACUUUUUCUUUCACUAUAUUGUGAGCAUCUUUCCGUAUCAAUAAACAUGUAUCUAUAACAUUUUUGAA